CCUCUGUCUUCCCCACCCCUUCCCCGCUUCUCGCGAGGCUUCUGCCGGCACCCCCGGGGGGCUGCGUCCGCCGGUAACCGGGGCGGAGCGGCGGCCACGGCCAUGGCCGCCCUGCGCAGCCUCCUGCGCUGGCGCCGCCGUUUGGGACCCCCGCCCGGCGCCCCCCCGGCGCGGCGGCUGUGGGCCGGCGGCGGGGCCGGGCCGGCGGGGCUGAGGCGGUGGUGGUGGCGGCGGGAGCUGGGCUGGGCGGCGGGGGGUGCCCUGGCCGGCUACCUGGGGUACCGGCUGUCGGAGCGGCGGCGGGAGCCCCCCCGGGAGUCGGCAGCCGCCGAGGCGGGCGGGGCCCGGGUGCUGCUCCCCAUCCCGGUGGCGGCCGCGGCCAAGGAGACGGUUACAGAAAACAGAUCAGACCUUGAAGAUUUACACCUUUAUGCAACUCCUCGGGAGCAACGGUUUCGUAGGUUUGCCAGUUUAGAAUUUGAAGGACAGCUAUAUAUGACUCCAUAUGACUUCAUUCAGGCUGUCACAAGUGAUGAACCCAAACGCACUAAAAAGUGGCGAUCCCUUUCGAAGCAGGAACUGAAUCAGAUCCUUAUGGAGACACCACCAGUUUGGAAAGGAUCAUCCAAGCUUUUCCGUAAUCUUAAUGAGAAAGGUGUGAUAUCUUACACAGAGUAUUUAUUCCUCUUAUGUAUUUUAACAAAGCCACAUGCAGGUUUUAGAAUCGCUUUCAACAUGUUUGAUACUGACGGCAAUGAGAUGGUGGACAAAAAGGAAUUCUUAGUGCUACAAGAGAUUUUCAGGAAAAAAAAUGAGAAGAGAGAAAGAAAAGGAGAUGAAGAAAAACGUGCAAUGCUGCGUCUUCAACUUUAUGGAUAUCAUACUUCUACUAACAGUGUUGUUAAAACAGAAGGAGAGGACCUUGUCCCCAGAAGCUAUUGGGAUACUUUGAGACGUAGCACGAGCCAAGCACUCUUUUCGGACCUUGCGGAGCGUGCUGAUGAUAUUUCAAGUUCACUGUCAGACACUACGUUGCUUGUACACUUUUUUGGCAAGAAAGGAAAAGCUGAACUGAACUUUGAAGAUUUUUAUAGAUUUAUGGAUAACCUACAAACUGAGGUUCUAGAGAUAGAAUUCCUGUCCUACUCUAACGGGAUGAACACCAUCAGUGAGGAAGACUUUGCCCAUAUUCUUCUGAGGUAUACAAAUGUGGAAAAUACAUCAAGUUACCUGGAAAACUUGCGCUGCACAAUUCCUGAAGAAAAGGGUAUCACAUUUGAUGAGUUUAGAUCAUUUUUCCAAUUCUUGAACAACCUAGAAGACUUUACAAUUGCAAUGCAAAUGUAUAAUUUUGCAAGUCGUUCCAUAGGUCAAGAUGAAUUCAAACGUGCUGUGUAUGUAGCCACAGGUGUGAAGCUUUCACCACAUUUGGUGAACACAGUGUUCAAGAUUUUUGAUGUUGACAGAGAUGACCAGUUGAGUUAUAAAGAAUUUGUCGGCAUUAUGAAAGACAGACUCAGUCGAGGGUUUAGGGGCUACAAACCUGUACAGAGGUACACUACUUUCAAAUCCUGCGUGCGGAAGGAGCUGUAUAGCAGAUAACUGACGGAGACUCCCAAGUCUGGUUGGAAGGAAUAUUACUCUUGUGUGAUGACUGUAACCAGCGAACAUCUCAGAGAUCUAUGGAAGCAAUUUCGGAGACGAGAUACGCUGAGAUAAAGGAAGGAAGAAGGAUUAUCUGCACUGGCUAGAACUAUUUAUUCCUAUGAAUUCCUAAUGAAGAACAGACUAACCCAGGUGAAUCAUGAAUCUUCCAGCUGCAGUAGAAAACACAGGAUGACUUUUCCACGUAAUGUAGUAAUCGUCAAAUCUUAACAACUGCUUUUAAGUAUGUAUUUUAUUUAAAUGACAAACUGUCACCUGAUUGGCAGAAGUCUUUUUGUUUUUAAGAAUACAUUUUUAAUAUUAUUUUUUUAUUACUUUGAGAUAUGUUUGUCAUUUAAGUUUUACACCUGGGAAGGCAAAUGUUUUGGCAAUGAAGAGAAACUGCCCCACAUCAGCUUAGUCUGUGAAUUUGCUUUCAGAAGAGCACUAUUAAAAGUUUGUGCUAAAUGGGGAAUGAGAAUACAUUAAGUAGCAUAACAAUUACGUACAAGUUGAAUGUACAAAUUAAAUUCUUAGAAGCCAACAAAGCUGUUACUUUAAAAAGAGUAAAGCUGUUAUGGUUAUAAUGUGAAUGAUAGGUAUUUACCUAGGAAAGGUACUGUAUGGACUAUAACGUUCAGAUUCUCCAAGUCUUACUACAAUAUUUAUUUAUUUAUCCUUUAAAAAAAAAGUAGUACAGAUUUUAAGAUGUCUUCUGAGCAGGAUAUUGAAGAAAAGUCAAAAUGUUCCAAUUCACGUUAAGUAACAUGUACUUUGUAGUAUUUAUUAUAAAUUUUAUUGCCAUACAUAUAAAUUCGCUGAUAUGGUAGAGUAAAACUUCAUGUGUUUCUUGUGAAUAGUGCACUUUUAUAUGAAGUAUGAUGUGGCACUGAGUAGAAAUUAUAGUUGUUUAAUUUGCUACUCUGGAAUGCAGUAUCUGAGAACUAUAGAUAAAUAACUUGUAUUUGCAUCAAACAAAAAAGCAAAACAAACAUGAAUGCAUGCAGCAGUGCAGAGCAACACGCACUAAGUAAUGUUAUUUGAGUAUUACGCAGCAAAUAUUAGACAGAAAUUGGGCCUCACAAAGGUUAUGGAGAUGAUAGGCCAUAUGGAGUUGCCAGCACGACCUCUCUUGCCCUGUAGGUUUAGAUGUUACUGAAACAGCGGUAAGGCCACUGUUACAUUUGGGUUUCAUGUUCUCUAAAUUUUGCCUUUGCUAUUCACUAGCAGUGUUUUUCCUUACUCCCUUUCAAGGUGAUUUUUUGGCAGUGUAAAUUAAACCCAAACAAACAGGAACACAUAUUUCUUAUAUCCUUCCGGACAUUAAAUAAGUCUGUCUCUGUUUAGGAAUAAUCUGUGCCUUGAAAUAUUUCCAGCUGAAUACACGCACGCUAAAACUAAUGUCAGUAGAUUGUUAUCGGAAAGGCAAAUAUUUGGUGGAGCCUGACAGUUAAAACAGAAAGAAAAUAAUGAUUUUAAAUCUUUUAUUACUGCAAAUACCAGUAAGCAAAUUUGUCAAGCACAUGUUGCUCCAAUGCUAUCUUACAUCACAUGUGAAUAGAAAAAAUGUAUAGCAUCUGUGUAAGUACACCUAAAUUCAUAAACAUUUAAUUUAAAAUGAGAUUUAUCUCUGCUAAAAAGCCAAAACAAAAUGAAAAGAAAGAAGUUUUUUAGGAAAUUCCACUCUGGGAAUCUUAGGGGGAAAAAGAAUGUUCUAGGUGUGGCUUUUAUCUGAGAAAAAGCCAGACCUUUUGAAGGACGCUACUUUAGUUAGUAUUUCAUGAUAAAUACUCACCAAAUUUCUACCUUGGCAUCCUUAAACUACUGACAACAAGAAAAAUCAAAUAAAUUGGGAUAAAGACACAACACGGAUAAGCUGCAAUCCCUGUGUGAUCAUUUAGGGAAUUAAUGGUAUUCAAUGUAUCGUCUUGGUACGCAGAACUGUCUCACUGCUUCUUGUCAGCAUCUGCAAAACCCAAUUUGCUACUUCAGUGAUGAAGGACAAAAAAAGGGAAGGAAGGACAGGGAGCUAUCGGAGGGGUUCCCCUCCUUCCUCUUCAUUCACAGUCAUCCGCCCCUUGGAGGAAGCAGCAGCACCAUCGACAAUUUGCUCCUACGCUGCCCUUGGCAAUAGUGCACUUUGCUUUUAUGGCUGGCUUGAGACAAUUUUAUCAUUUUUCUAUGUAUUUCCUAACUAUAGUCUCUUAAUAUAAAAUAGAAUGUGAAAGUGUCAGAUUAGUUUUUCAGAGUAUUUUUUCUCAUGUUUAAUAAUAAGUUAUUUAAUAUAAAUAUGAAUAUAUGCAUAUAAUAUUCUUGUUUAUUUCAAAAUAAAUGCACUUGAAACUAA